AUGGCGUAUUCUGAAAGAUUUACUUUAGAGCAAGCCAAACAAUUGAUAAUUGAUAAUUCUAGUGACGAAGAGAGUAUUAGUGAGCAUGAAGAGAUUACUGAUUAUUCGGAUGUAGAAUUUACUGACGAAAAAGGAAAUGAACCUUUUCUCGUUGAAGACAGCGCCGACGAUGAUGAUGAAAUAAAAUAUACACUUCAGAGUUCAAAUGUACAAAAUGACAGCUCUAAUUCAGAUCUAGGCUCUUCCGAUGAAAGCAAUGAUAAUGAAAAAAGCAAAACAUUUAGUAUGAUUAACUUUGGCCACAAGGAUGACUUGGUAGAGACAAAGAUUCCUGCUAUACUCAGCAAAUCCGGCAGAUGUCAUGCUUGUCCUAGAAUAAAGGAUAAGAAAACAGCACUAAAAUGUUCAAAGUGCAACAAACCAACAUGUAGAGAUCAUGUUUUUAUGAUAUGUAGGAAUUGUUCUACAAAUUGA